AUGUUAAUUAUUAUACUCUCCAAAAGAGUAUUAACUACUGGUGGUCACUUCACAUUGAUAGUUUUUCAACGCAGCAUAUUUCGAAUUGUAGAGAACAUUAUUUUUGUUGCCAACAAACCAGACGAUGAAAUCCAGGGUGCGCUUUGCGUACAUGUUGACAAAUCAGAAGAAUCAGAGAAAUUACGGUCCCUGAAAUGGAGUGCCUUACUGAGUAAUCAUGAGGUGCUGCAACUUCUCGAAGAAAUGCGAGAAAAGCAACGGGAACAAGACCGACUGAAUCCAAAAAAUACAAAGCAUGCAGAAAAUUUUCAAACGAUCCAAUUUGAGGUAAUUGAGUAUUUAAAAUCAGAUCAAUCGCCUGUUGACUCACAAAGCGCCACGCAAAUACAGUCCCUCCUUGAUGGAUUAAAAGAAUACCCAUUGACCAAAAUCGAAAAGCUACAAAUCAUUAAUAUGCGUCCUACUUCUAUUAUUGAAUUACAUGUGCUGAUUGAAGAACCAGAAGAUCGAGACUUAAUGGGAAAAUUUCCGGAAAUUUGUGAAUUGGUAAAGCUUCAUUUACCACGUAAGGACAAAAAUCAUUCGUCAGGAGUGGAUAAUAACAUUGAAAUGGUGCUGCAACAGCAGAAUAUCGAGGAUAAUGAUAUUGAUAAUAUUGGAUUUCAUCAUAGUGUCGAGUUCGCCAGUAGUAGCAAUAGUAAUAAUAUCAUUAAUUCACUUGGAAAUAUGCAUGAUUUUAUGGAAUUUUGCCUCCGACAAUAUUUCAAGACUACUGGCUGGAAUGAAAAUAAUCAAUAUUCAAAUUUAUGCGCCGCUUCAAGAGCCAUUUUGGAUUUCAAAACACCGUUUGGCUUCACCUUCACUUUAUCCAAAAUGCCAACACCUCUAUUCAAGUCCUCAUAUUGCAUGAAUGCUCUACCAACUUUAAGUGGCUCAAUUGGAUACCUGUUCACGUCUCGUCCGCUAUUAGUUGACCCGAGUGUAAGAGUUCCUUUCGAAGAAGUGGUUGAUCGGUUUAAUAUCUAUUAUUCUCCGCAAAAUGAGCAGCAAAAUUUAUUAGAAAAUGAUGAUCAAGAGAAUAGAGUGAAAAUUAAAGAUUAUCUUUUGUUUGCUAGGAUGUAUAUUCCAACAACGCGUCUCGAAGCUCUCUACUCAAAACGAUUUUCCCCUAAUCUACAAUGUGUUGUAACAGGAAUUAGUGAUUUGAAAUAUAGGGCGGCCUCUCAUCUAACAGCUGAACUUCAUUAUGAUGCGGAAAAAUGGUGCACAGAAGUUUCUUUCUCGACCGAAGGUGCGUUAUUUGGUAUAAAAGGACUAUACAAUUUCACUGGAGACAUCGAGAAAGACGAGUUAGAAGACGAAAAGAAAUCAACAAGUAUUGUGGAACCAGAAACACCAACGCCGCACUUUCUGGAUCGAUCGAAAAUUGAUUCAAAUGAUUACGACAACGAAAAUGUUGAAGAAGAGGUAAAUGGAUUGAAAGGCCAGUGGUCAGUGGGUGCUGAAGUAUAUUACGGAGCAAGGGAGAGAAGUGGUGGAGUCUCGACUGGAAUACGAUAUCGGACACUCCCACAGCACCUCAAUCAAUCACCACUUACUGUGACCUACCUUUUCAAUCCUAUAAUGGGACAUAUGACAGCCGCUUUCGCAGCUCAAGUUUCCGAUGAUUUAGCAUUAUGUCCCAGAUUCUACUUCAAUAUAUAUAGUUACGAAAAAGUGCUGGGUGUAGUAAAAGCUACUAUUGGGACAUCUAAGGGUGUUUGUUUGUUAUGGGAAGGCAGGUAUGGAAGAUCGUUGUUUAGUAUGGGAGUUGUCGCUGAUUUAACGUCGCAUUCCUCGCCUAUACGUUCGGUUGGCUUGGAAUUACAAUAUUUCGCAUAA